AUGUCGCAGAGAGGUGCCCAAGGCCUUCCCAUUGAUCUUACAGGUAAAAGAGCAUUUAUUGCUGGAGUUGCUGAUGAUAAUGGUUAUGGUUGGGCAAUUGCUAAGGCUCUUGCUGCCGCUGGUGCUGAGAUUCUUGUCGGUACAUGGGUGCCUGCGUUGAACAUAUUUGAGACAAGCUUGAGACGUGAAAGUUUGAUGAAUCACGGAAGUGUGCUACCUGAUGGAUCUCUUAUGGAGAUUGCUAAAGUAUAUCCACUGGACGCAGUUUAUGACACCCCUGAGGAUGUUCCUGAAGAUGUUAAAGCAAACAAAAGAUAUGCUGGAGCUUCAAACUGGACCGUUAUAUUAGUUGUAAAUGCAAUGUGCCUUUGCACCCAUCAAGCAGCAAUCAAGCAGCAUCAUUGCCGUGCUAUGAACUUUUUCUUAUCCAGUGCUUGA